GUCCAUUCUCAUGGCUUACUGAUCGCAUUCUCUGCUUUUCUUUUCCCCUUUGCGUCGACGAUUCUUGCGCCUGGUGUGCGCGUUUCCGUCUUGUAUUCCUUGUCUCACUUACGCCUAUGCUACGGUAGCACCGUCUUCAUCACCCGGAGGUUAUCGGCUACGCGCACCCGCCAUCGCAUCACCAUUCAUCACACUUUGUCUCAGCAUUCCAUCUGGCUCGUCUCCACAAACCGACCUUCCAACUCCGAACUGUGUCCUCGACUUCGAUAAUUAUUCCCUUGCCCACGCGUUUACAAAUCUCCCGCCGACCAGUUGCCGAUCCGAAAGACUUGCGCCUACGAGGUGCACCUUACCUGCCCAUCAUGCGCCUCUCGUCCUUUGCUGUCCUUACAGGCGCUAUGGCACUCGCCGGUGCCCAGCUAAUGCCCGAUGAAGAGGAUUUCAAGAAAGAGGCUACUUAUUUUAACGACAAGAAAGUACCGGCACUCCUGGAGCUGACCCCCGCCAACUGGGAGGCGGAGAUCACCAAGACCAAGUACCUCUUUGUGAAGCACUACAGUCCAUACUGCCCUCACUGUAUCGAUUUCGCUCCCACUUUUCAAUCGAUUUACGAAUUCUACUACACCUCGCAGCCUGUCGCGGCCGAUGCUGUGGAUACGACAUUCCUCAAGUACUACGACUUCCGAUUUGCAACCAUCAACUGUGUUGCCUACUAUGACCUAUGCAUGGACCACGCUGUGCAAUCCUAUCCUACAAGUAUCAUUUACGAAAAUGGCGCUGUCUUCGAGAGCAUGAGGGGUGUCAAGAACGCCACGUUUGUCAGCGCUGCCGUCGAGAAGGCUCUCGAAAAGGCCAUGCCUGGUUCUCGACCUGCAACUCUCGACCUGCCCGACGUGAAGGACGAGCAUAUUGCGGAAAAGAAGAAGGCCGCAAAGGCGGCCUAUAAGAAGAUGGAGGCCGACAGGAUCGAAAAGGAGGAAGCUGAGAAGGCAGCAGCUGACGCAGCAGCGGCCGAGAAGGCGGCGGCCGAGAAGGCAGCAACCGAGAAGGCAGCAGCCGAAAUCAAGGCUCCUGAGCAGUCCCUUGAUGAUAUUACCGAGAAGCCUCAAACUCCCGACGCAUCCGACAAGGUCAAGGAGCCCGCCAAGUCGGACGGGACCGAGAAGUCGACCAAGGACCAGAAGGCUGACGCCUCCAAGGAAGUAAUCAACUCUGGCGAGGCAAACGGAAAUGCUGCCGAAAAGACCUUUGGUGAUGACUGGAAGGUCCCCAGCACCGGUGAGAUGUUGAAGAAGACGAAGCCCAAGGAACCUGCCACGAUUUACAACCCAGAGGGUGUUAGUGUCCCUUUGACGCCGGGAUCCUUCGAGAAACUCGUCACCUCGACUCAGGACCCUUGGUUCAUCAAGUUCUAUGCCCCUUGGUGCUCUCAUUGCAGAGCCAUGGCACCGGCGUGGGAGCAAAUGGCUAAGUCCGUGGCGGGAAAGCUCAACGUUGGCGAGGUCAACUGCGAUGCCGAGUCUCGUCUCUGCAAGGAAGUCGGUGCUCGUGCCUACCCCACCGUUCGCUUCUACAAGGGUGGUGAGAGUUCCGAGUACAAGGGCCUCCGCGGUCUAGGCGACUUUGUUCAGUAUGCUGAAAAGGCUCUGGAGGUCGCCGGUGGUAUCAUCGAUGUUGAUGCCGCAGCCCUUAAGGAGAUGGAAAAGGAAGAGGAAGUCAUCUUUGUCUACUUCUACGAUCAUGCCACCACUACUGAGGACUUCAAGGCCCUUGAGCAGCUCCCACUCAACCUCAUUGGGCGCGCCAAGAUUGUCAAGACCAACGAUCCGGAUCUCAACACCAGAUUCGGCAUCACCACAUGGCCUAGAUUCUUGGUGUCCAGAGAGGGCCGGCCAACCUACUACACGCCCAUCACUCCCGAUGAGAUGAGAGAUAUGGAUGCCUUGGUUGACUGGAUGAAGUCGGUCUGGCUGCCCCUUGUCCCUGAGAUGACCGCCACCAAUGCUCGCCAGAUUAUGGAGCACAAGAUUGUUGCCCUUGCUGUUCUCAACCGCGACGAUGGUGACCGCCUGAAGAACUCCAUUAGUGAACUGAAGACUGCAGCUAGCGAUUGGAUGGAUCGACAGGUUCAGGAGUUCCAACUUGAGCGCACAAAGCUCCGCGAUUCUAAGCAAAUGCGAAUUGAGGAGGCCCAGGAACGUGGUGACCAGCGCGGCCUCCGAAAUGCCAAGGCCAUUAAGAUCGACAUGGACUCGGCUAGCCGCCAGGAAGUUGCAUUUGCCUGGGUCGAUGGUGUCUUUUGGGCUCGAUGGCUCCAAAAGACAUACGGUAUCGAUGUCAAGGAUGGCGAGCGCGUCAUUGUCAACGAGGAAGACAGGAAGAGAUUCUGGGACAGCACCUCCACGGGCAACCACAUCAUGGUCACCCGUACUUCCAUCAUGGAGACUCUCGACAAGGUGGUCUAUGGCCCCAACCCCAUCACGACCAAGUACACUAUCUCUUCAUUUGAGAAGAUAUUCUUUGACAUCAAGAUGAGUUUUGUGGACCGUCCAUUCUUGUCCUGCGCCUUUGUUGUCGCCGCCAUCUUUGGUGUCUACUCCUGGCUGCGUAGCCGCAGCCGCCGAUCCCGUAGCUACCUUUUCCCUCGUGAUGACUCGAUGGGUCUCAAGGAUGGACUGCUGGGACAGCCUAAUAACGCUAAGGCCGACUAAGCAUCCAGGACAUUUCGAGGGGUGGAUUGGGAGACGGUUCUGAAAAGAAAGCAGAGGGGAAAUGAAGCCGAAACUACCGCGCCAAUCCUGCCCGUGUCACUCCCCUUUGUGAGAACGAAGAGAAGUUUUUGGCUCUAGUCAGGCUAAGAGAACAUGUCGCGGGUAUCGUGUAUUGGAAAUUUUGUCUGUCGAUCAUAGAGAUGCUGUCUUGGUUGGGUAAUUACGGAGUUAGGGGUUCAUUGGGUUGCCUCCGCCUGUGCACCUGUAUUGUAGUCGCGUGGAAACGCACCGCUUGCAUACAUUACUUAUUGUUAUACUCUUCCCAUCGGCUCGGUUCUUGUGAGUCAUGGAGAAACAUUCUUGUUCACGAGAAAGGACAGUGGUCAUACCGGAGGGCCAUUCAAAUCCUCCGAGAAAAUGAGGCGACCAGGGGAUGUAGAGCCACGAAAGAAGACGUCGAUGGACGGGGAUCACAAUCACAUUUCUUUAUUAU